AGGGGAUCCCCGCCAGGGGGCGGCGCGCGGGGCGGGGGAUGUCCAUGUUUGGGAGGCGGGCGCGUCACUCCCCUUAUAUGGGCAGUGUCGUCACGGCCCGGCCUCCCAUUCAUAUAAAUGCCCGGGGCGCCGGCCGGGAUUCCCUGCCCGGGCUCGGUGCGGCCCCGCGGUGCCUCCGUCCCUCCCGUCCCGUCCCAUCGCCGCCGGCUCCGCGCUAGCACCGGGUACCCUCCUGCCGCUCUCUCCGCUCCUGCCCCGGCUGCGGCGGGGCGCUACCCUCGGCCGGCAUGAAAGUCACGUCCCUCGACUGCCGCCAGCUGCGGAAGCUGCUGCGGAAGGAGCCCUCCCGCUGCCUGGUGCUGGACUGCCGGCCCUACCUGUCCUACUCGGCCUCCUGCCUCCGCGGCUCGCUCAACGUCAACCUCAACUCGGUGGUGAUGCGGCGGGCCCGCGGCGGGGCCGUGCCGCUCCACUUCGUGGUGCCCGACGCGGCGGCCCGAGCCCGGCUGCUGCCGGGCGCCGAGGGGGCGGCGGGGGCUGCGCGCCUGGCGGCCGUGGUGGUGCUGGACCAGGACACGGGCCACUGGCAGAAGCUGAAGAAGGACAGCACAGCCCAGAUCGUCCUCAACGCCCUGCUCUCCAGCCUGCCGGAGGCCGGGGCCAGGGUCUGCUUCCUGAAAGGGGGAUAUGAAACCUUUAACUCUCAAUAUCCUGAGUGCUGCGUGAAUGGAAAACUCAUUUCCCCAGAGAGGACGGAAGCAGAGAGAAACCUUUCCAGCCACUGUGAGAAGCAGAGUGCCAACCACAAACCUGCUUAUGACCAGGGUGGUCCAGUUGAAAUCCUGCCUUUUCUCUACCUUGGUAGUGCCUACCAUGCUUCCAAGUGCGAGUUUCUCGCUAACCUGCACAUCACAGCCCUGCUAAAUGUCUCCAGGAAAAGCUCAGAGUCCUUCAAAGACCAGUAUUGCUACAAGUGGAUACCAGUAGAGGACAGUCACACAGCAGACAUCAGCUCUCACUUCCAGGAAGCCAUAGACUUCAUUGAUUACGUCAGGCGAGCGGGCGGCAAGAUCCUGGUGCACUGCGAGGCGGGGAUCUCGCGCUCCCCCACCAUCUGCAUGGCCUAUCUCAUGAAGACAAAGAAGCUGCGCCUGGACGAAGCCUUUGACUACAUCAAGCAGCGCCGGAGCCUGAUCUCACCCAACUUCGGUUUCAUGGGCCAGUUGCUGCAAUAUGAGUCAGAGAUCUUGUCUUCCACCCCCAGCCCCCCUGUCACCUCGUGCAAGAGAGAAGCUGCGUCUUUCUUUGCAGAGGAACUGACUUUAGGCAAAAACUUUGAGGGCUCGUGCUUUGCCUUUCCUACCUCAGUGUUGAGUUCCGUGCCCAUCCACUCUCCUGUGCACCAGCUGAAGCUCAGCCCAAUGACGGCAUCUUCAUCCUGCUGAGCACUGUGGGGAGCCUGGAGCUGAUGUGGUCCUGAUCCAAACUGUGAUCCCCAACAAGAACAUUUCAUGAAUGUGCAAUAGAGAAACUUCAUCCACUUACUCUGAGAUGGAGUGGUUGUCAUGGGUCAUACUUCCCAUAUGCUGUGACUGUAAGAUGCAAGAGGUCUAAGCAUGGCAGGUUUUCUGAACUUUUAUUGUCCUUUUUUUAAGAAAUACAAAGUGCUUUUUUAGGGUUUUAACCACACAAUGUGCACCCACUACUGUAUUUCCAGAUUCCUGGGGAACAAUGAGAAAUCCAUUUAGUAUGUUCUCAGUUCCCAUUUCUUCCAAUCUUAUUUUUGAAAAGACCCUCACUUAAAGCUUCAAGCAAUAAACAGCAGCAGCAGGGAAGCAAGCAAAAUGAAAAGCACUACCUUUGCAACCACAGAGGUGGCGAGAGUGAAUAUUUGUUCAAAUCCUUCUCUGGCUUUCCUCCUCCCCUCUCCUGUGUCAUGUUUCAGGUAGCAAAGGGCUGGAGUGGGGAGAGGGAGCACCUUUUCCAGGACACUGCUGCACAACCAGGUGAACAUCCCCUCUUGUGCUCCAGCCUCCGAAGUGUCAGGUAUUGUCCACAGUGUAACUGGAUACCAACCCCCCCGCCAGUGGGUCCAUUCAGGUGUGGCAUUUCCUGUACUUCUGUAUUUGCCUUUGUACUGGAUGUGCUUUUAAGUAAAGCAGGGACUUGCGGUCUAUCAGCUACCCUGCUGAGCUAUUAUCCUCUUAUCUGUUUUUUUAAGAACAGCCCUAGAAUACUUGAAUGUCUCAACAAUCCUCAUCCCAUCCACUUCCCAACUGUAAAACACUGUAACUGCUGGACUUCACACCAAAAAAACCUGACAAGCUUUCAGCUCCAAAACAACUUUUUCUCCAUCCCUUCCCAAGUGUUCUCACUGUGUAUCGUGUAUGGUCAAGUGGUCUUUUCAGUGUUAUGUGACUUGCUUAGAGUGUGUGGUCACCUCUAGUCAGCCUUUGUCCAGAAAAAAUUAUUUCUGUCUUGCUCACAUUGGCUUCUGUGUCCACAGGGAGUUCAGAAUGAGUGUCUCUGUCUGUUGACCUUUUUAGUAUUUUUUAAUAUGUAAUAUGUAUGGGAAAUGGCAAUAAUUUCCAGGAGAUCUCGUGAAUGUGAAAAAAAAAAAAAAACUGCAAUGGUUUUUAUGGUGUGUAAAAAAUAAUAAAGUUAAAAAAUGCCAGGAAAAUAAAGCUGUUGUACUUG